AUGACAUCGGAAAACCCAGAAGUAGGGCCAGUGACGUCGGAGCCAUCGCGUCCUACAGCCACGGGCACGCCCUCACAGCCUCUUGCCCAAGAAGAAACGCCACUACCUAAGCUCACCCCCUUCGAAUUCCGCCAGUAUAAUCGCAUGGCUGAACAUAUGGACUACUAUCACAAUCACUUCCGCGCUACUUGGAACACCCUUUACUCAGCCUGCGAAUCACGUAAGCGACCAAAAGGAAUGUCAAUCAGGCAAUUUCUUUCCCUCGGCCAACAGUUCUGCCACCACCUUACUGCACAUCAUACCAUUGAAGAGCAACACAUUUUCCCCAACCUAUCGAGAAAGAUGCCCGCGUUUAAGAAGGAGCUCGAGCUUUUGACUCAGCAUAAGCAAAUCCACAAAGGCUUGGAUAAACUUGAGAUAUAUCUGGACGAGUGUAGUAGUGGCGAGAGGGAAUUACAGAUGGGUGAGCUGAAAGUGAUUCUUGAUGGGUUUGGCAAGGUGCUGUGGCAGCACUUGGACGAUGAAGUCAAGGAGCUUGGCGCGGAGAAUAUGCGCAAGUAUUGGACCUUGGACGAGAUGCGCCGGAUGGUCAUGUAA